AUGGGCCCCAAGAAAAAGUCCGACGCCCGUGGAGGCCCCAAACCCGGGACGAAGCAAGCCAAAGCCGCCGCCGAGAAGUCGGCCGAAACCAAGAAGGCCGCCCAGGCGGCCAGCACCACGGAGGAACCCAAGAAGCCGUCCGUGAAGGAGGUCAUCGGGGGCGCAUCAUGGACGGGCAAGUUGCCCGUUAAUAUGCUCUCGGAGCAUUGUCAGAAGCAAAAGUGGGAGAAGCCGGAGUAUACAAUGGUAGUUGGUCAUGCUGACGGGGCUGUUGCGUUGCGUUCGUUGCAGACGAAAGUCUCGGAGGGCUUUGUAUCCGCUGUUAUUUUGAAGCGCGUCGACAUCAAAACGAAAGAAACCGUCGUCCUUCCGCCGAUGAAAUUGCCUCCGUCUCAUAAGCACUUGGGUGCGCAACCGACCGCGUUAGAGGCGCGCCAUUUUGCCGCCGCGUACGCCCUGUUCCGAGUCUGCAAUAUGAAGAACUUGCAUAUGAUGCUCCCGCCUACCUAUAAGAAGCUCUGGAAGGAGGACUUUACGGAGAUCAAGGCUGCAGAUGUCAAGGACGGGAAAGUGUGGAUGUACGAGGCUGACCCUUUCCUCGCGAAGCAGGAGCGCGAGAGCGCAGCCGCGGAUUUGGAGAAGAAGCGAAAGGAGCGCGAGAAGGCGAAGGCGAAGGAGGCAGACAGUGCGGUGAAUCUGGGCUUGGGUUCGGGCGGCGAUAACAGAGGGAAGAAGAUCUGGUCGCAGGCGCCGAAGGUCGAUCUGGGCAGCAAGGUCCGUCGCGAGAUCGAGGGGAUCUUGCGACAGCAUGCGAUUUGGAAUCCGUAUAAUGUGGAGAUUCCCGAGCGGGAUCGCAAGGCUAUUGUGGAGGAACUCACGCGCCUGGGCUUCCGGCGCAGUCACGUCGAGGAGGCGACCAGCGCCUGCAAGGACCGGGAGGAGGUCCUGGAGUGGCUUCUUAUAUAUGUUCCGGAGGAUGACCUCCCCAGGUGGUGUCUGCCAGAGGGGUAUUCGGCGGGUGUGAGCCUUGCUAGUGACGAUCUUGCGCGCGAGGCCAAGAUCAAGCGGCUCGCUUCUACCGGCUACCCGGCUGAUAUCUGCACACGGACCCUGGAUAGCAAGAAGGGCGAUGAGCUGGCCGCGGCAGAGUUCCUACAGAACACGCUGGUUCAUGGGUCCGCUGCUCUCGGGGACUCUGCACCCUCGGAGGAAGAGGAUCUAUGGGCAGAGGAGCAAGACACACUGGAGGCCAUCUUUGGAGAGAGAUACUCCCGGGUAUCUCCCAAGGUCUGUGAGAUCAAGGGCGAAGGUUCGAGCUUGCCGGAGGCUUUGACGUUCCGUUUCCAACGCCCUUCUACGCAUUAUCCAUCCGCGCCACCCGUGAUCUCGAUCCAGGCGAAAGGUAUUCCUGCCUAUAUGCGGCUCAGCGCGAUACGUCAGGUGGUGCAGUACUCCGAGGAGAACUUCUCAGGAGAGCCCAUGAUAUUCAAUAUACUGGACUGGCUGGAGAUGAACUUGCCGGGAGUCAUGGAGAACCCAGGGAAGCUGCGUGAUAUUUCGACGGUCUCCGCGUCCCCGACAGCUACUGGAACAGUCUCUCAACUGCCUGUUCGUCAGUCACGCAAGAGAGGCAGGGAUGUUAACUGGCAGCCCGGCUCACCCCAGAGUGUCUCCCUGAGAGAAUCCUGGGAGGCGAAGCAGUCCACCAAGGCGCAGCAGGAGAUGACCCGGAAACGGCAGUCUCUGCCUGCCUGGAACACGCAGGAGGCCAUCAUCCAUGCCGUCAACACGCAUCAAGUCACAAUCAUCUCGGGAGAAACCGGUAGUGGAAAGAGUACCCAGUCCGUUCAAUUCCUGCUUGACGACCUAAUCAAGAAAGACCUCGGCGCUGUCGCGAACAUCAUCUGUACCCAGCCGCGCAGAAUUUCCGCGUUGGGUCUGGCGGACCGAGUCAGCGACGAACGAUGCGCGUCAGUGGGGGACGAGGUGGGAUACAUCAUUCGAGGCGAGUCGAAGGCCAAGCCGGGCACGACCAAGAUCACCUUUGUUACAACCGGUGUUCUGCUCCGGCGGAUGCAAUCGGGCAGUGGUCCUGACGGUAAUGUGGCGAGCUCUCUGGCGGAUGUCACCCACGUCGUGGUGGACGAAGUGCACGAGAGGAGUCUUGACACCGACUUCCUCCUGGCGCUGCUGAGAGACGUGUGUCGGUACCGCAAGGAUAUCAAGGUCAUCUUGAUGAGUGCCACGCUCGAUGCGGCCAUCUUCAGCAACUACUUCGGCGGCCGUGAGUCCGUUGGGCUGGUCAACAUCCCCGGACGGACGUUCCCCGUGCACGACUACUACCUGGACGACGUUGUCCGCGACACUGGGUUUGCACCAGAGCUUUCCGAACAGGACUUCGAGGAGGAUUCUGCACAGGCUGGAGAAUCCCUCGGCCGGGCGCUCCGGAGUGUAGGAAUGGGCAUCAACUACGACUUGAUCGCAUCCACAGUCCAGUACAUCGACGCUCAGCUGGGCGACCAGCCUGGAGGCAUCUUGAUCUUCCUGCCGGGAACCAUGGAGAUCGAUCGAUGCCUGAAUGCAAUCAGGAGAAUUCCCAAUGCCCACCCACUACCCCUUCACGCAUCUCUCCUCCCCGCAGACCAACGGCGCGUCUUCCUAAGCCCUCCCAGGGGCAAACGCAAAGUCAUCGCCGCCACCAACGUUGCUGAAACCUCCAUCACGAUCGAGGACGUCGUGGCCGUCAUCGACACCGGUCGUGUGAAGGAGACAAGCUACGACCCACGCGACAACAUCGUCCGACUGCAGGAGGUAUGGGCGUCGCAGGCCGCCUGCAAGCAACGACGAGGACGAGCCGGUCGAGUGCGAGCGGGCACCUGCUACAAGCUGUACACGCGCAAGGCCGAGAUGAACAUGAUGCAGCGUCCCGACCCGGAGAUCCGGCGCGUGCCCCUGGAACAGCUGUGUCUCUCCGUGAAGUCAAUGCAGGGCAUCAACGACGUCUCCACCUUCCUCGCCAACACCAUCACUCCCCCCGAAAGCACCGCCGUCGAGGGAGCCCUCGACUUCCUGCACCGCGUCGGCGCCCUCGACCACGACCGCCUCACAGCCCUCGGCCGCUACCUGUCCAUGAUCCCCGCCGACCUCCGCUGCGCAAAGCUGAUGGUCUACGGCUCCAUCUUCGGCUGCAUCGACGCCUGCAUCACCAUCUCCUCCAUCCUCACCGUCAAAAGCCCCUUCGUCUCGCCCCGCGAACGCCGCGACGAAGCCAACGCCGCCAAAGCCGCCUUCUCCAAGGGCGGCGACGGCGACCUCCUCACCGACCUGCUCGCCUACCAGCAAUGGUCCGACCUCGUCAAAGCCCACGGCUACUGGCAAACCCAGUCCUGGUGCGCCGACAACUUCCUCUCCCACCAAACCCUCCGCGACAUCUCCUCCAACAAAUCCCAAUUCCUCACCUCCCUCAAAGACGCCGGCCUGCUACCCGUCGACUACUCCGAGUCUUCCCCCAGCACCUGGAACCGCAACGCCUCCAACCGCGGCCUCCUCCGCGCCCUCAUCGCAGGCGCCUUCCAGCCCCAAAUCGCUCAGAUCUCCUUCCCCGAUAAGAAAUUCGCUAGCUCCGUCACUGGUACCGUCGAGAUCGAUCCCGAUGCACGGACGAUCAAGUACUUCAACCAGGAUAACGGCCGCGUCUUCAUCCAUCCUAGCUCGGCUCUCUUCUCUGCGCAUGGAUAUCCCAGCGGUGCCGCCUACCUGAGCUAUUUCACCAAAAUGGCGACGAGUAAGGUGUUUAUUCGCGAUUUGACUCCAUUCAACGCCUACUCUCUCCUCCUCUUCUGUGGCUCCAUCACCCUCGACACGACCGGCCGAGGCCUAAUCGUGGACGGCUGGCUGCGUCUCCGCGGCUGGGCGCGCAUCGGCGUCCUAGUCUCCCGGCUGCGCAUGAUGCUCGACGAUAUCAUCGCGAUGCGGAUCGAUCAGCCUGCGUCCGCUGCUGUGUCUGUCUCCUCAUCCUCGUCUUCGUCUUCACUAGAUGGCAAUGGAACUGGUAAUGGGAAUGGGAAUACAGACAGAGUGGCGAUUGCGGAGAGGGUGGUCGAGGUUGUGAAGCGCUUGGUGGAGUUGAAUGGGAUGGAUCAGUAAUCUUCUAAUCUUAUUUCUAUCUCAUUUUUAUGGCUCUCAUAGUAUAUACUAUAUACUGUUUUGGCUAUAAGGG